AUGGCGUCAGCAUCCUCAGUGCCUGUUGGAUUCCAUUAUGAAACGAAGUAUGUUGUGCUCAGCUACCUGGGGCUCUCCCCACAAGAGGCUACAAGGGAAGCACCCCCUGCAACUAGUGCUGACAUCCAGCAGCCUGCGCCCCCAUCUGUGGCCAGAGAUGAUCUGGACAAAGUUAAGGUGGAGCUGGAAGAGGAGCUGAAAAGAUUGGAGGAGGCGAUAUCUGCAGCCUUCCCCAGCACUGGCUUUGAUAUGCACACCUCGCCAGUAUUCAGUCCUGUUAGCCCCGAGAGCGCCAUUGAAGACUGUCUAGCACAGCUAGCAGAGAGGAUGUGUCUUGAGAUCCCAGGGCAAUUGGACCAAGCCUGCCGGAACCUCCUAAGCAGGAACUUGACUUAUGAGCUGUUCAAGAAGGAGGCAGAAGUUGCGGCUGUACACACUUCUGGAUGGAACCAGGUUUUGGUACCUCUGGUCCUCUUACAGCGCCUCCUGCUGGAGCUCACAAGGCACGGGAAUCGUCAGCUAGACAAUCUUGUACAACUUGGAGUAUCAUAUAUUGAGGAAAUGUGUUUUGACUACAUCAUCCAGCAGGGAGGAUGGGGCACAGUCUUCAGCCUGGAUACUGAGGAAGACGAUGUCCCAGGGCUGAUAGCUGAGGACAGCAACGAUAUCUACAUCCUUACCAGUGACACCUCUGAGCAGGUCAGCCCCCCCGAGAGCCUGGCUGUCUCCUCCUCCUGGCACACCGAGAGCCUUCCCACCUCCCUGGGGCCUGAGUCCUGGCAGCAGGUGGCAAUGGAUCCUGAGGAGCUGAAGAGCCUGGACAGCAAUGGCGGGGCUGAGGAGCGCAGUGAGAACAACUCAUCAAACUCUGACAUUGUCCAUGUGGAGAAGGAGGAGAUAGCGGAGGUCAUCGAGGAGGCCGCUGUGGUGGAACAGAGACUGGAGCAACAAGAAGCUGAGGAGAGGGAAAUACUGGAGGCUCCUCCAGCUGUGACAACGGCUCCCAUGGCUGUGACCCCUCCAACUGAAGAAGAGAUUUCCCCACCUCCUGUAACACAACCAGAACCCCCAAAGGUGGACAUAACCAUAAAGGGAGUUUCAGAAAAGGAGCCCCCAGCCACUUCGGAGGAAUCCAAAGAGGAGAUCCAGGUUACCCCUCCAUCAGAGGUGGAAAAAAUUGAAGCUGCCAUUUCUCCCCUUCUGCCUCCACCCAAGAUGGAAGAGGAGAAACCUGUUUUCCUUCCUGAGGGCAAAUCUAUCCUGCUGUAUGGGGGAGCAGCAGCUGUCGCCAUUUUGGCUGUAGCUGUGGGUAUGGUGGUGGCACUGAGAAAGAAGUAG